AUGACAAGCAACAGCAACGGUGUCGGCGGCACCAGUGGCAGCGGCAGUAGCAGCAACGCUCCAUCGCAGCCGAGUCGGCACCAUGCGCCGUCGUCGUCGUUCACGGGUGGUACUGGCUUGGCGUUUGGGAGCAGUAAUGCGCCUCCGCCCUCUCAGCUUCCCCGGGCAGGAACUUCGAUAGGCCACCACUCGUCUUCAGCGAACAACGUCGGAAACGGGAGUCCCCGUACCGCUGCUUCGAGCGCUUCCUCUGCACUUUCAGGCAGCACCGGCACAUCAGCGCCAACUACCCGCCCGUCGACGACUAGCAUCUCCAAUGGAGCGGCCGCCUCUGGCAGCAAUGGCAGCAACGGCGGUAGUACUGCAGGUGGCGGUGCCAGAGGGCCAAAUCCCAUGCCAGCGUCUGCAAUUCGCCGCACUUCGGCUCUCUACCCUACAUCUUCUUCCGCACAGGCGUCGUCUUCGUCAACGGCGCCUGCUACGAAUCCAUCCGCAGCGGGGCCAACCGUGACGGCGGCUACCCAACUCUCGACCCAACCACAUUCCUCUGCGGGGCAAAGCCACAGCAUGUUCCUUCCAAACUACUCUUCUCAGCAGCAGCAGCAGCAGCAGCAGCCGAGCUCAAGCAGAGGUCAGCCAAUGAAUGGCUUCGCGGGUGUGCCUGCAAACAGCAGUCUCUUUGGUCUACCUCAGCCCAGCUACGGCAGCCAGACACGGACCUUCCCGUCGGUCUUAUCGUACCAGCCGCUGGCCGCAGGAAACGGCUCACCGCGGGCAGCAUUAGGAGGCGGCCACAGUUCGCCCGCUCGAAAUAGUAGUGGCGGACCAGGCGCAUGGCCAGGCGGGGCCUCGAGUGCUGGUGUCGGUGCUGGCCCUGGUCCUGCUGCCGCAGCUGCAGCUGCUGCCGCCGGGGGAUACGGUACGCCGCUUCCGUGGAUGUCUGGGCUGCCCCACUCUUCGUCGCCCGCGAACCAGACCCACACUACGCAAGGCUAUGGCUGGUCCCUGGCCGACCCUGCGGGCUGGAGCGGCUGGCCCAGCGCACGGAAGGCGUGCAGUGGCUUCGAGGAGAACCAGAUGGUGUCCUUUACAUGGACCAUUUCGGACGCCCACCUGUUGCGCGAGGAGGUUGAGCACUCGCCCCUGCCCUCGGAGGGCGGUCGUUCGGUCAGUGCCGGCGCGGGCAAGAGCGAAGUUUGGACGACGCAGCCCCUGUUUGGCGACGGCAAAUGGAAGCUGGAACUCGUCAGGACGAGCAGAGCAAAGCCGCAGGAGAACCAGGAUGCAGGUGCUGAGGAGGGUAUCGCUGCUGGCAAGAACGACCAGGAAGACCAAGGCAAUAAUAAUGAAGAAGGGAGCGAUGAUAAAAAGGUCGACAACAACAGCCUGACGGUCUUGUCCAUCUAUCUUACCUCUGCCCAGCUCGACUACGCGCAAGCCGACGUCGAGAUUCCCACAGCAAUCAUGUUUGGCAUUCGUCCUGCGCGCACCCAGGCAGGGCAGGACAGCAGCCGAGGCGGUCCCUGGCUGUGGCGCCAUUUCACUCGUCACGUCUUCAAGCGCGAGGAAGAGUACGUCGAGUGCCACUCCUUGCCCUCGAUCAGCGAGCUUCUCUGCGACGAGGCCAUUGCCAAGCAGGACGCCUUUGCCAUUACGGUGCAGAUCGGCACUGGUCCCGGAACAAUCUCGCCGCUUGGCUUAACCCCAAGCUCUGGCCUUGUCAGUGCGACCCAAGGCGAAGAAGGAGAGGAAGGAGAAGGAACACUGCCGUUUGUUGUCAAGGACAAGCAGCUCGUGCCAAGAUCGCUCAUGGAUGGCCUAGAGGAAAUGAUUGACAGCGCAGCAACUGGCGAUGUCAUUCUGAUCGUUCGUGAACGUGGCAUCGUCGUGAGGCAGGCAGUCGAUGGUGACGAGACUGCCUCGCACAUUGUGCCGCUUCCCGUGGGCCAGCCGAUGCCUGCCUCGGCCCUUCCAUCCGCUACGGCAGCAGCAAACGAAAGCAUCGUGGAAUCUCAAGACGAUGAGGGCCCUGAAGUUGUCGUUCGAGACCGGGUCCUAUGGGCCCACUCCUCGAUCCUCUGCUCUCGGUCUGAAUUCUUCCGUGACAUGCUCGGCAGCCACUUUCUCGAGGGUCAGUCACAGACUCUCCACGGUGGUGGAGAGCAUGUGCCAGCGGACGCGAUGCCGACAUCUGCGACAUCGACGUGGCACGAACAGUUCGGUAGGCGGUUCAAGGCGCUUCGAAUCCCUGAUGCCGACUUCACGGCAGCAUACUGGCUUCUGCGCUACCUCUACCUUGAAGAGGUCGAGUUCAUGGAACACGAGGAUGUCAGGAGCACCUUGGAUGAGGAGUGGAUGAUCCUUGGCAGCGAUCAUGGUGACGAGAGGGGAUCUGGAGCAGGGACGACGACGAGAAGGCCGCUGUGGGAAUGGAGAAGCAUCAACGACAUCAGGCACGGCGCUGCUAGACAAGACCAGGCAAUCCAGGUCGGAGGAGGACACGAGCUGGGCGCACAUCCAGGAACAUCCGGCCUGUAUGCGGGGCCUAGGUCGGUGUCGUCAAGGCACAGCCUGCAUUCGAUGAGCUCUACCGCGUCCGGCACUGAAACAGCUGUUGGAGCGGGAGGGCCAGCAAGCCCAACGAUGACAACGACGACUCCGACGGGGAGGCGCUCGGCCGGCGGCUCAUACCACGAUGUGAGCCCCUACCCUCGUCGUCCGGGCGAAUGGGAUCCUCGGAAUCGCGCUUCUGUUUCCGAGUCCUUGCCCUUUGCCGAGACAAGGACAGAGCCGAGACAAGAUCAUGGCGACAGCUUGGGUGAUGCUCUUCGACGAGACCCCCACCCCCAUCCUGCAAAGAGGGCCUCACCAGCGAGCGCCCUUGGCCUGUACCGUUUGGCACACCGGUAUGGCCAACGAGGGCUGUGCAGCUUGGCCAAGCAGCACCUCGUCGCGUCCCUCACCCCGCAGUCGUGCUUCUCCAUCCUCCUCGCCACGCACCUGUAUGCGGACCUGCACGAGCCCGUCAAGGCUUACGUCCUCGAAAACUGGCAUCUGGUCUGCACCACGGCCGAGUUUGAGCGGUGCUGCGACGAAGUCAGUGAGGGCGAGUGGGGCAGCGACGCCGGUCGGGCGUUGCGCGUGUUUAUGCGGAGCCUUGUCAGUCCUUCUUCGACGUCAGCAGCUGCCUCUGCAGUCACGUCCUCUGCGAGCGCGACGGCCAACUCCGCUGCUGGUCUGCCCUUCUCCUCCUCGUCUUCCUUUCGAGGCAGGUAG